AUGUCGCUGCGGAGCGCAUCUGUGGUGCGUGCGGCUGUACGCCAAGUACAUACAAAUGCGGCACAUCCUGCUGCUGCUGUAUCAGGAUCGCGUUUGGAGGCGCUUCGUCAGCGUCUCGCUAAAGAAGACAUUACCAUCGACGAAUUUGCUGGCAGUGCGCAGCGUAUUCCUAUGGGCCGAAUUCACGAGCCACGCCUGCCAUCGUACACUAAAACACGCAUCCCAAAGGGACAUAACUUUGGCCGCAUCAAGCGUGACUUGCGUGGUUUAGGCCUGGCUACGGUCUGUGAAGAAGCUCGCUGUCCCAACAUUGGAGAGUGUUGGGGCGGCAGUGGUGGGAAAGAGGCCGCGACGGCGACCAUCAUGCUUAUGGGUGAUACAUGUACACGUGCUUGCCGUUUCUGUGCCGUGAAGACGUCACGUACACCAGCCCCUCUUGAUCCGCAUGAACCGGAAAAUACCGCGGAAGCCAUUUCGCGAUGGGGCUUGGGCUACAUUGUGCUGACGUCCGUCGACCGUGAUGACAUUGCCGAUGGUGGUGCAGCGCAUAUUGCUUCGACCAUUCAAAAGAUCAAACAAAAAGCGGAUCACAUCCUCGUCGAGGCUCUGGUCCCCGACUUUAGUGGACAGCUCGAUUGCGUAGAGCAAGUGGCGCUGAGUGGGCUUGAUGUGUAUGCUCACAAUGUCGAGACCGUCGAACGUACUACGCCCAUGGUCCGUGACCGUCGUGCCAAGUACCGUCAGAGUCUGGCUACGCUUGCGCAUGCCAAAUCUGUGCGGCCUGAGCUGGUGACCAAGACCAGUAUUAUGCUGGGCUGUGGUGAAACGGAUGAGGAAAUAGAGCAGACGCUCCGUGACUUGCGCGAGACCAAGGUGGAUGUCGUGACGUUUGGCCAGUACAUGCGCCCGACCAAGCGUCAUAUGAAGGUGAGUGAGUAUGUCACGCCUGAAAAGUUUGCCGAGUGGCAGCGCCGUGCAGAGGAGCUAGGCUUCCUCUAUGUUGCGAGUGGCCCGCUUGUGCGCAGCAGUUACCGUGCUGGUGAAUUCUUUAUUGAAAAUGUGGUCCGUAAGCGCCGCGGGGCAGGCACGCCUGUAGAGACAGAGACGGUACAAGCCGUUCGUGCUAGUGCCUAA